CAAUCCCCUACAGCGCAUCAUCAUCAUCAUUCGUAGAUCUGCCGUGUGUGUGUUCUGUAAGCGGUGGAACUGGAAGUUGUUGAGCGCUGAGGUAGGUCUGGCUACGUCUGAAGUAGUUGUAAGAGUGAGAAUGGAACGGGAGUAAUCUUGUACAGCGUUCAAGAAGUUCCCAAGCGGUUUGGAACAAGAGCGGAGGGUUCGGAUCCGUCGCUUCCUUACUACCCCUGUUCAGAUGCGGAUAGUGUUUGCGCACGAGCUUGUUGAUGCAUAAAGUGCUGGACGUCGGGACUGUGAACGGCUACCUGUAUUGUCAAGACGGGCAGUGAGGAUAGCGGCUCAGCAGUGGGCUUGGCAGCUGUUCUACGACUAGCACUGAAUUGCCCCGCUGUAUUCUUCUGGGGAGACGUCUCUGACCUGAAAACCUCUGUCAUGUCCCAGGAUCGGCUGCAAGUAGUCCAGGAUACAUGACCUGGAUCCCUCACGACGGCCGUGUGGCGCGGAGUAGUGGAUCAGCACCCAUUCUGCUGUAAUCGCUGGGUUCAAUGCAGUGGCUCAUGCUGCUUAGCCUACCACCUGAUGGUCUCUUUCUGAGCUGAUCCUGUUCAUGUCACCAUUCAUGUACCUACAUCUCGUUGUGGAAUCUCCUGACCUCUCUGCUCUCUGUGUGUGCACAUGCACUGGAUCCAGGAAGGAUCUAAAUAUUAGGAGUUCGAAGGUUAGGUUCUGUUCGUUUUGCCUAUACGCGCCAACUUGGUUAUCCUUGAGUAACUCGGUGGUGGUGGUGUCACUUGGCACAGGCUGCAAGUACGGACUGAAGGGUGGUAUCCCGUGUUCGCUGCUAACCCAAGUGCCUUGAGUCGGUGUUAGUGUUCCCCUGAGUGAAGACAUUGGUGACUUCCCGCGGACUUCCACCCAUCGGUCGGCACUCUCACCUUCGCGGGGACACGCGAAAUCAGUGUGCGCGCCUGUCUGCGAUUUCCACGACGCUCCGUUAUCAGCUCGGCAAGCACGUGAAAACUGUAUCAGUGGUCGCGCGUGUUUUGGAGACACGCAUUGAGCGCGCCGCGGAACUUCGCUUGGUUGCCACGAAGAGAAUGAGCAGGAAGGCCCUUAGCACUAGCGAAGUGAGAUGAGAAUACAGGUACUGUGACUGUUCCAGGACAUCCGCAAGGGGAACUCGACCAUUAGCAAGGCAGACCACAGGGGGAUUGACACGCACACACAAUACCAUGGUUCUCUCCCCAGGAAGCGGCGGUCCGUUCUGUCAGCGACUGCAGCAGUUCUCCUCGCUGAUCCUGUUGAUGGGCUACUGCUGCUAUCUUUGUGCUGUGCCGUGUGAGGGUGUCACUACUGGUGAUGCUGGUGGUGAUACGGGCAGUGGUGGUGACUGCUAUAGUUUGGAGAAGGCAUCAUUUGAAGCCGUGGAAUGGACAGCUUGGACAAAGGCAGGUCUGGAGAUUGGUCGGAGUCAGUGCUACGCCAAGUGUAUUAAUCAGGCUGGAGGUGGGUCGUCAGCAGAGUUGGAAGACGUUGAUAACUGCUUCCUCCGGCAAUGUCCCCAAAUCAGCGCAUCCACCACUGCUGUUCCCUACACGGGCGUAACCGCGUCGCUCAAUCUAGCCGUGUCGCUGUGCAGGAAUGGAACCGUACUCUGGAGAAGACCACCAUCAGUCAGUUCAAGCACUGACCUAGCAUUCACUCUCGGCCUGCAAGCGACCGAUGGCAGCUGGUCUGCAUUCAAGACGGUUCAGUCUACACGGCCGUAUGCAGUACUUGCCAGUGUGUUUGGAGAUUUACUGCCUGAUGCCACCGACCCUAGUCACAAUGCUUGCUAUCAACUGUUCCUGGCUGCAAGCAGUGUCAAUCACGUCUUUGAGCCGCUGCUCUUCCGCGAUAGCUUCUCCCUGCACUACCUACACUUGGGCAAAGCACCUGGUGAAUACUCAGAGGCACAGCAGCAACAGCAACAAGAGCAGCAGCAGCAAGAACAGCAAAAGCAAGAGCAGAAGAUGCCGCAGUCAACGUGCGGGGGAGACCUGGCACAUCUCGGCACAUUGUCCGCAGUCGACCGGUAUCGGAACACGGGUGACAGCUUCAAGGUAUCUCUCAGCUACUUCCUACUGGACCUGAGUAACUCAAGUCAGCUGAGUGCUGUCAUAGAGGUGCGCGUACUCAUGCUCCGCAGCGUCGACGUCUUCUGUGCGCACACCGGCAUGAUAGUGCAGAGUAACCAUGGUAACCCGGUGUCGUGCCAAGUACCACACGUGGCCAUGCCAUUGCAAGACCCUCAGCUCAACCAUACACAGAUCACCAUACCGGGCAUACAGUCGUCCAGGAUAUACAGCGUCAUGAUACACAUCAACUCUCUACUCGUCAACAUCACCGCACACAUCAACUUCACUUCACCAAAUCUAAGACCAAGGAAUGUAGCGCUCCACAAAUCAUCUGAAACAGAAAUCCUGGUCAAAUGGAGUCUGCCUUUAGACUCUGAGAUACGUUUGACUGCGGAUCAGCUUGCUGGUCUGAUGAUGAAGGUGUUCUGGAGACGCCAGCCACGCCGACUGCAAGGCACUCAGCUACAGAUAGUCAAGCGGCAGAGUGAAUCAGGCGAAGGUGCCGGGACGUUCGUCUCACCUGGUCGCAUAUCCGGCUACGAUUUCAACUCCGUGCCACUGGACCCCGACGGUGACGGUGAAUACUCUCUGAUGAUACGUGGCCUGGAGCCUGACAUGAAGUAUGACGUCAUCGUGAUGGGACCGACGAUGUCAUCGCAAGCUGGACUGAUGACUGAGAUCCAUACCUACGACCCUGCGUAUUCGGCGAAUAAGAUCGCUGCCAGUGACGAAGAGUCUGCCUGGUUCAAGAAGCCACUGGCCGUGGUCCUGUUUGCCGUCUGCGGAUCUCUCAUCCUCGUCAUCAUCAUCAUCUGCUGCUUCCUCGCUCUGAACCGACGGCGCAAGGAGAGAAAGCGCGAGCGGGAGAGACGCCGUCGCCAGCUGCCAAUGCCGCUGGCCUGCAUCGGUCUGGGCUAUCGCCAUGGCGACGACAAGGAGUCCUGGUCGCCGUGGAAUCGUGCGUCGGUGAACGGCGCGGUUACCGUGUCUAAACAGGCACAUGGCAAUGGGGAAAAGAAGAAUGGCAAGGCAGCAGGGCCGCUGCAGAACGGCACUAAGACCACGUGGGUGUACGUGGACAAGACGCCGCGACAGACGCCCACACCAGACCUGCUCUCCAUCGUCGACCAGAGCGAGUCGCACGUGACGCAACGGCCUGACUCCAACCCGGCGUCGUCGCGAUCGGCCACGCCAAACGGUUCACGGCCCGCGGUGAGGAACCUCCGCACCACCGGCCGGGCCACGACGAUAUUCCGCCCGAUGUACAAGAGUACGGAGCAGCUGGACGUGCCCGACUUUGCCGGCAGCAGAGCCCGUAGCAAGGCGCACAAACAACAACCACACGACGCAACUCCACCGGAGCCCAGCACACCGGAGAGCAACAGCCAUCGUCCUCGCACCAACACCAUGCGACAGUCGAUGAGGAAGAAGAAGGCCAAGGUGAUGGCCGAACUACAGCAGAUCGGCCGCGGCAAGCCCUCGUCUCUCCGCCAUCGCAUGCGUCCAGAGGACCUCCAGGAGUCUCUAAACACCGAGCGCUUGACCUGGCUCGCCAAGGAUGAGCUGCGGCACGAGGGCUUCAAGGUGAACACCGCAUCGCCCUUCUCCUCCGGCCGUUCGACGCCGGUGAAAACGCCGCCAGAGCUGGCAAUGUCGGACGAAUGGGAAAUCCCCUUUGAACAGCUUUACCUGCAAGACUUGCUAUUGGACUACGACGCGGCCGUCACGAUGAAGGCCGAACUGGUUGGCACGGAAACGCUGGACGAGACGGGAAUGCCGGUGGGACGGAGCGCCGACUGCAAUGGCUCCACGCCGCACCACCGAGACGCCGCGUCGUCAUCGGCAACCUCGCCAUACAACGGCGGUGGCUCUCCGACCGCGGGAGGCGCCAGUGCUAGUGGCGGUGGCAGCAGUGGUGGGGGUGGAGGUGGUGGUGGCCUCCAUCGGUCUAACUCACUACGCAAGGCCACGCUAACCAAGAGCAAACAGCCAGUUGUGAGAAGUACCAGCCUGCACGCCAGUAGCCUGACUAGGAAAAUGGUCACCGUGAAAAUGCUGAAAGAUAUUGCAUGCGAUGAGGAUCAGCGUGAGUUCUGCCGUGAGAUUGGUCUGCUGAAGCGCGUCGGACAGCACCGUCACCUGGUCAGCCUGCUCGGUUGCUGCACCGUCGUCAAGCCCCUCUGUAUCGUCAAGGAGUACGCACCGUACGGCGACCUCGUCACCUACCUGCGUGCCAAGCGACCCAAGAAAUCCAGCACAAUGUCGCUAGCAAGUACCAGUGACAGUGGUAUAUCAGAUGCUAGGGGCUCUGUGAGGGUCCGACACAGCAGCCUGAUUCACAACUCACACACGCAGAUCUCUGCUAAUGAGUUGAUGGACUUUGUCCGGCACAUCGUGCAGGCAAUGGUGUACCUGACGUCAAAGGGAGUCAUCCAUCGUAAUCUGACGUCGCAUACGAUUCUCCUCGGCGAAGGUCACCAGAUCAAGCUCUCGGACUACAGCCUGAGCUCGCUGAGUGCCCGCAACGACCUGGCCAAGGGGGACCACGUCAAAUGGCUGUCCAUUGAAACCCUGCUCGAGCGCUCGUACACGAUGCCGAAUGAUGUAUGGUCGUUUGGUGUUGUCCUGUGGGAGAUUUGCACCCUCGGCGAACAGCCGUAUAACACCAUAGCCAAUAAGCAACUACUGGACACUCUGCAGGGUGGAUAUCGCAUGAGGAAACCGGACUCCUGCUCGGAUAAGCUCUACAUGUUGAUGCUGCACUGCUGGAGUAGACGACCGGCAUCACGACCAUCCUUCAAGGACCUAGCCAAGACGUUUGAGUCGCUGCUCAGCAAGACCAACGCCGAGGAUCAUAUCGACGUCACCACACUGACCAAGACCACGCACGUACCCUACAAGCAACGGCCCAGCAGCGUUAGUCAGGUGCCACCACUGCCUCUGGAGACUGCGGGCAGGUCAUCAGCCUCGCUGCGCGUCACGCACUCGCAGCCCACAACACCUCGCAGCGGGGACACCUGCACCUUCACGUGGCUCAAUCCCAGCGACAGUGACGAUGAUGAUGAUGACGACGGAGACAGCGACCACCACAGCCGGUAUCGUAACUACGACGCCGACACUGACGGCAACGAAUGCUCCACGGCCUCCUCGUCGUCCGUGUUCGUGCGGUCCUAUCAAGGUGGCGGCAGCAGUCGCCAGGCCAGCAGCGGGACUAACUCCAACCGUAGCAGCGUCCAUUUCGCCGACGAGAAGCUACCGCGGCUCAUACAGGCGAGCUCCAAGGAGGAGGUGAUGCGGGCCAGGGGUGCAAGCUGGCACAACGCCGCGCCAUCCACUGCACCGUCGUCAACAUCUUCAGCGUCGUCAUCGGCAAUGACAGCUGGCGCUACGGCAACGGAGGGACGCCGGUCGAAAGCGCGACCGGCCGAAAAGGUGACCAUCUUCGAUCAGAAUAGCUCCAAAUCGCUAACCCUCCAGCCGUCGAGUUACUACCUGAACGAGAUGAGGAAGUAUCGUGAGAGCGGUCGUUUGCCGCCGGACGCCACGCGUUUCAGCUUGAGCCCUGACAUCACCACGAAUAUGCUGCCAAGUGGCACGGGCAUCAGCGCGGGCAGCAGCAAUACUACUAGCGCAGCCGCCACCACCGCUGCUGCUGCUUCCAGUGGUGGUGGUAACGGUGUGGCCAGGGCUUGCAGCCGCACACCACCCAGCCCCGGCUCACCACCACCUCCACCUCGGCCGCCGCCCCCGCUUGAGGACGACGGGCACCACUAUCAAACACCCAUCCCAAGGCAGCUUCGGCAACAGCAGCAGCAGCACCCGGCAAAUCGGAGCUCUCAUUAUUCCAGUACCAACAUCGUGAGACCGAAUAGUCCCACGGAGCAUGAUCGUUCCACACCGAACAGCUACCGCGCCGAGUCACUACAUGAUCAGAUAGUAUGAAGAGGUUUUCAAUGGUUUGAGGGAAAGUUGCAAGCGGGAAAAAGAGGAUUUGCACAUAUCUAUGUCAACAGGAGUUAAAGAUGACACUUGCUACCCAAGAUUAUGAGAUUUCCCACACCCUGCAUCCGACGUAUCAUCGUGCUCGAGCCACACUGCCGCGAGAGUGCUGCACGAGUGCAUUAUACCUAGUUGAGCUGUGUGUGCAAGCCAUCGACGGAGAGCCUCCUCUGGCCCCUCACUAUCCUGCGGGUGAAGUCGGUUCACUGGGAUGAACGCAGUGGUGUGUGCCGACGCAUCGGAUCAACCCGGAUGUCAGCGUAGACAGUCUUCACAUUGCCAGCAAGCCAGGGAGCGCACGUGACAGUGUGUCGUUUCACCCAUGUAGCCAACUGGCUCCCGGCGGCACUCCAGGUUUGCUGCCAAGGAAGCAGUCUGCACCCAGAAGCAGUGGCACACUACAUUGUACAUGCAAACAUGCCUGGCGGGCACGGCCGCUUGCACUGCACUGCUUUAACGAUAACGGAACAGAGCUGCAAUUUAUUGUCGCGGAAACGCGAUUGCGUGAACACAAGACGGUACCUGUACUGCAGCCAUUUGCACUGCAAUGCUUGAACAAUGACGGAACAGAGAUGCAGUUUAUUGUCGCGGAAAAGCGACUGCGUAAGCACAAGACUGCAGCUGUGACGUAUUGACAGUUUUGACACAUGUUUGUGUGCCUGUGCCUUGAUGAUGACUUGUUCCAGCUGCUAUCCUCUGGCUGGUGUUGCCGCGUAUUGAACUCCUCCCGGGCGCAAGAACCAAUGUGCAUGGGUGCCACCUCAGUGACCUGCUUGGCAGGUGAAUACAAAUGUUGAACUUGAAUUGCCUCGCACGCUUUGACAUGUGACAACGUGCUGAUGUUCUUUCUUCACCUCCUUGAAAUUUGUUAUUUUCUCGUUUUUAUGAACACCUUUUCCAUGUUUUCAGUGCAUCGUUCGACUUCUAUAAUUAUUGCGAUCAUGUCAAGGGAACAUGCGGAGUUGACGUGUGGAUGCUUUAUCAGUGUUUUAAAUUUGUCUCCUCGCCGA